UUUUUUUCGUCUCUGCUUUUGAUUCACUCAGCUGAGGCCAGUCCGCUGUUGGCAGCGGCAAUACUUGUGUGCUCAUGUCUCAUUGAGUGUUCGCAUUGCUAGUAUCUCUAUUGUUAUUUUUACUCGUACUUUCCUAUGCUGACUUUUACACCACCCCUGAUUUCAGAGCAACCUUGUCGGUGGCCUUCCUCCCUCCCUCAGGCUGAUGUAAUGGACAUCAGGGUGAUGACGAUGGAGAGGAACAGGCACGACAGUGAGCAGUCCUGCUGCAGCACCUUCCAGUACCAUGACCUGGAGGCCGCCGAGGCACUUGUCAGCAUGAGCUCCUGGGGUCAAAGGUCAUCAAACGACAAGCCACGCCCCCUGACCCCUACCUCGGACUCCUGCGACUCUCUCCUCCUGCACCCUGAGAUCAUCGAGUCCCCCAAGGACCCGAUCGCACUCUCAUCGCUGUGCAUGACCCCCCCUCACAGCCCCAGCUUUACCGAGACCGCUACCACAACAGCUGUCCUCACCACCUCAUUGGCCAGCUCAGGCCCCAGACCAGUCUUAACCCGGCCUAGACUCUGUGCAGGUCUUCCCUGCGAAAAUGCCCUUCUCCUGGACCAACGACCUGGUACGGUCCCCAUCUUCAAGAGCUCUGGAGCUCCAGAGCUGCCCAGCAGAGCCAUGGUGACCAGCGUCAUCCGGCACACUGCUGACAGGGCCCUCACACAGCCCAGCAACAACAUUACACCUCAGUCCCUCGUAGGGCAGCACACAGACACCAACUCCAACAGAAAUCCUACUGCAACCCUUCUGGCUGAGGCCGUUCCUAUGCAGACUGAACCACAGAGCUGCAGCACUGGUCUGUGUGUUAAGGUAGAGAAGGAUCAAGGCAGUCCAUCCUUACCUGACAGCAGCACAGGCCCCUCUACUACUCCCACCCAAAGGUCCCCAUCCCAGCCCACCGCCACCUCCCGGUCCACCGCUCCCUCCCGGUCCUCACCCCCCAUUCCCAGCUCCCAGGUCCUCUGCCAGGUGUUUCCAGUCAACGGGCGGACAGGGAUGAUCUCUGCAUUCGUCCAGGCAGGCCCAGUCCAGAUGACCCAGGGGGGGGGCAAGCCCAUACUACCCCAGUCACCCUCCUUUCCCCAGUCGCUGCAGCUGGUGGGCUCCUCAGUGACUCAGGGGACGGUGAUGUUUGUGGUUCCCCAGCCCCCCGUGUCCCAGGCUCCGUUGUGCGCACAGACUGUAAUGACCCUGGGUAACACAAAGCUCCUGCCCCUGGCCCCAGCUCCAGUUUACAUGCCCUCAGGGCAGAGCAGCAAUGCCACACAAGCAGACUUCUCUCGCAGACGGAACUACGUCUGCAACUUCCCCGGCUGUAAGAAGACCUACUUCAAAAGUUCCCACCUCAAGGCUCAUCUCAGAACUCACACUGGUGAGAAACCAUUCAGCUGCCACUGGGAGGGCUGCGACAAGAAGUUUGCCCGCUCCGACGAGCUCUCCCGCCACAGGCGAACACACACCGGUGAGAAGAAGUUUGUGUGUAACGUGUGCGAUCGGCGCUUCAUGCGCAGCGACCACUUGACCAAGCAUGCUCGCCGACACAUGACCUCCAAGAGGACCUCCACUUGGCCGGCUGAAGUCCGCGACCUCCACAAGAUGACGGUAUCUAAGGGCCCAUCGAGUGGCUCCAAACUUCCUCUCAGUGUGCUGGUCCCUUCCCUCAAUUAGCUGGGGCUCCCAGGCCGUACGGUCAUCUCAGGACAAUAUCCCACCACCGACCACACAAGACCAAGGAGAAAAUGAAACAAAACCAUAGGCUGCUACACAUUCAUGGACAGAAACAAACUGACCUUGCACUGGAUUUUUUAAUUAUGCUUGUUUUGUACUUCCUUGAUCUCUAUAUGUAAUUAUGUUUACUCAUGUAAUAUGUAUACAGUAUGUAAUGUUUAGCAAAAUGUAUGCACUCUUUUUGCCAAAGCCUUUGCGUUGUGCUUACAGUAUCUGUUACUAUUGGUCUCUGUGAUUGUAAAUAUGUAUAUAUGAAUAUCUAUAUAUAUGAUUGUUAUGUGUAUUCCAAUCUGCAUGUAUUGACAAGACGUCAAUAUAUGUUAUUGAUAUUUUUAAAUAUGUCAGUGGACAGUAUUCCUCACUGUGAUACUACCUACUUUCUUGCUUUGCAUAUUAUUUAAUAAACAUUUGUUUUAAAAAGUGCUGUUUUUGAUAGCUUGAUCGUUUUGUUUUAGUUUUAUUACAGAUACAGUAUAACCAGUAUAAAUACCUCAUAUUAUUUCUUAAUAAAAUACUAAAUACUUUAUAAAGCUUCACCAUACUAAUAAUGAGUAAUCAAUGUAUGAAUGAAUUCUAUAGAUAUGGUCACGCUGAGAAAAGUGCUGUCCCUAUGUGUAGUUUUACUAGCUUUCAAUGUAGGCAAUGGUCAUUAUGAGUCCCAUUGUUUUUUUCAUAAUAAAAUACAUGACUAAA